AUGGGUGGUGUAUGGGAGAGACUUAUAGAGAUAACGAGACGAAUUCUUGAUAGCAUGUUGCUAGAUCACCGACGGGUUGGACUUACACAUGAAGUGCUGGUUACUCUUUUAGCAGAGACUAGUGCAAUGAUCAACUCACGACCAUUGACGGGUAUCCCUUCUGACCCAAACUCAUCAUUCAUCCUCACACCAAACAUUCUACUAACUCAGAAGAUGGAUGUAUUAAACGAAAAGAUUUGUGAAACUGAUUCUAAGGAUUUGAUGCGUGUUCAGUGGAAAAGAGUACAACACUUUGCAAAGGUAUUCUGGGACAAGUGGAAGAAGGAAUAUUUACACACUCUACAGACUCGAAAGAAAUGGCAUCAGACCCAAAGAAAUGUUCGUGUUGGUGAUGUGAUACUGAUGAGAGAGAAAGAUAUGCAUCGAAAUGAAUGGCCCUUAGGCAUCGUCACCAAGGUGUUUCCUGGACAAGAUGACCUAGUGCGUAAAGUGGAGGUCAAGGUCAACCGGAAUGACAAGAUCACUUCAUACACCAGGCCGGUGAACGAUAUUGUUAUCCUCUUGGAACAGUGA